AUCAACUAGCCCAGCAACUGGUAGCGGCACCUGACAACGACGAAUUCGCGGAGCUGACACAGGACAAAAAAUAUUCAGCUUUUCAUUUCAUUUUUGGGAACUUUGGAUUGUCACAUGUUAGCCGUCAUGGCAGUCGAUCAUUUUCUAUUCCGAUAGAGAGCUAUGCAUUAUCCAAACUCGAUUUAUUUCAUUGUUGUUUUGUGAUCAAAUGUUAUAUUUCUUCUGUGAGUGUGACUGUUGAGUGUUUAAUUAUAUGCGGAGUAGCUCCUCGCUCCUGAGUCCAGCUGUUUCCCGGAUCCACGGCCGGCCGGCGUGCAUUCAUCACCACAUGGGUCUUUUAUGCAGUUAUGUUCUGUGCAGUAAAUGUCGGUUUUUUGGACACCUCAUUGAAGUCUAGUUAGAUUUAAACUCCAACAUGUAUGAAAUAGAUCCAGCAAAUGUUCGAUCUCCUAGGGAGUUUGAUAAUCCCAAAUUUGAUUUGGGCCCUCGGAGAAGUCCUUCCACAACUUCCAGCAAAGCUCAGCUGACGUUUGAGGAGAUGUCGUCUGUGAUAAAGUUAAAACCUCCUCCCAAGACGACAUGGGAGCCAGACGUCAGGGCCAUGAUCUCUGCCAAGAAGUGGCUUAGUACUUACGGUCUAAAGAGGAACAGACUGAAACUGGACCAGAUCCUGGGAACCAUUGGAUUCAGGCAUAGUGAUGAUUUUGAUCGUUCCUUGAAGAAGCCUGUCUGUUCGCGGUACGGCGAGGGUUUGUUUACACGGUUUCCAAGGAGAGAUGGCAAGAUAUACAAUGUGAAUGUAAAAAUAAGCAAGGAGAAGAUCAAACAGAUAGAGAAUAGUCUCCUUCAAGCCAUCAACCUUUACAAGCGUCGUAUCGACUGGCUGACGAGCGAGAGCCGACGCCUGUUUGGUGUGAUAGAAGAACAUUGUAUCUGUAUUGUGGUCGACGUUAAGACCAAUUCGCCGAGUCACUUUGAUCACUGUCGGAAUGCCCUCAUCCGUGUCCUUGAGGACCAAGUUUCACAAAUUGCCAAGUUUAAUCUCAUCAGGGCUGCGCAAGACAUGGUGAUGUUUCAGCCUCAUGCAGUACCUGUCACAAAGGAUUCCUUGAACGAAGCGACGGAGUGGAUCAGAACCCUUGAUAGCGUCGCAGCGACUACUGAAACAAGUGCGUGUGAAGGGAUUCUCAAAGCUCUAACAGAUAGAAAUAUUGAAGCUGUAUUCCUUUUCUCCGAAGGAUCUUCGGCCAACACCGCCAUGGAGCUCACACUCCAGAAAGUGAAAGGGUGCCCUCUACCUGUCAACACGGUCGCAUUUAACAGUGCAGACUCGACGACCGUUCACUUUAUGAAGGACCUAGCACAGCUCACGGGAGGAAGGUUUCAUGCCUUUGCGUUCAACAAGCUGGACUCUGACGUGAACGGGAACAGUUCCUACAACCACGAUACCAAGGCCCCCCUGAGUGGGGUUCCCCCUGGGGCGGGGACCAGGGAGGAUGUGGUUAGCAUGUGGCAAGAGCUGGAGGAAGCUAGGGCUAUCUUGGGGGAGGUCCAGACCAUCUUGGAACAUGUACCAGACACCAGACAAGAUGUUCCCGAUGAAGCACCAGAGGAGGCAAAGGGACCGCAGAAGGAGCGAAGCGAACAGUACAUGAGCUCCAAGGAAUGGCUGUCCAAACGAGGCAUCAAAGCUCGCAAACUAGACCUCUACGAUGUCCUUGCGACAUGUUCUUUCAGACAUUGCGACGGUGUGGUGGAUAUCAAACAGGCACCUCAUACUGAUUACACAGAUGCCGAGACAAGAAACAAGUUGGUGAAUGCCAAGUACUGUGAUAAGUUCUGCCACUUCCAAUGGAAAGAUGGCUCCAUCAAGCACGUCCAUGUCACAGCCGAGGUACACAGGGUCUACGAGAGAAAGAUGAACGCUGCCCUUGGAGAUUUACAAAGGAGGUUGGACUGGCUGCAACAGGGAAGCAGGGAACUGUUUGGGACUAUCGUUGAGGACCAGGUCUAUAUUCUAAUAGAUAUCUCAAACUCCAUGGAGAACCACUUGGGUCUUGUCAAAGAGAAGAUGUUUAGGCUAAUGCAGGAACAACUGAGGCACAAGGCCAAGUUCAACCUGAUCAAGUUUGGCAGUAAAGCAUCGGGAUGGAAGGACCGCGCUGUAGAGGUCAACGAGAGUAGCAUGCAGAGCGCAUGGCAGUGGGUUAGAGGUCUGGAUGUCGCAGGGUCAACCAAUACCUUGAUGGCUCUUAAAAUGGCCUUAGCUGACCCCUGUACUCAAGCCAUUUACUUGCUGACCGAUGGUAGACCUGAUCAUCCCCCACCAACUAUCCUAGCCCAAGUCCAGCUUCAGAAGAGCAUUCCAAUCCACUGCAUCUCCUUCAACUGCAACGACCGCGAAGCCAACGACUUCAUGGCCUUGCUCUCGUCAGACACCGGAGGGCGCUAUCACUACUACGCAGAUGAUCUGGAGGCAGAGCCCGAAGGUCCGUUGCCCUUCGAGAGCGAGGACAGGUUGCUGAUCAGGGAAGAGAUCAAGAAAGGCCGAGACGAUCUGAAGAAACUUGCGGACCUACGAGGGCAGUGUGCGCUCCUGGAUUGGAGCAAUAAGAGCAGCAAGGAAAUGGGAUGUGGCAAAGACCAUGCAAUACCGAAGCGUCCCAUGUCCGCUUCAGGUACCCGGUCAGCUUCCCAGAUCCUCAGCCGGGAUUCCUCUAGCAUUUCGUUGCCCAAGACCAGCCGACCGCAGAGUGCCAAGACCUACGCCCCUCGUCGUCCCAUGUCGGCCCUGAGUAUGACCUCCAACACCUCCCACGAGCACUGCCAUCCCAAGGGGCAUAGCAGGACCACCACGUUCCCUCCCCGCCCUAGGCCGUCCACCGCCAAGGAGACCAGGUCCAAGACUCCAAAUAUUGCAUACCAUAAUAAGACCAGUUGGUUGAGACUAAGAGGUAGUUUAGAUGGCUGGGCAGUGCCGGAGACUCAAGUCCUUCUCAACAAGCAACAAGAGAGAUACAUCACGGCAUUACAAGAUCUGGCGAAACAGCAGGAAAAAGGAAAGAAAAAGAAAUUAAAGAAGAAAGCUGAUCCGCUUCAAGUGUCGUCCAAGCGCUGGUUAAAGAAGAACGGUUUGAUAGCCAAGAAGUUGACCAUCUACGAUGCUUUAGGGGGUACCAUGGUCAAACAAAAAGCAAAAUAUGUGCCCAUACUUGAUAAAUACGUCAUCUCUCAAGUUUUCAACGAGGUUCUUCCUCUUGCCCAUGUGACUGGCAACAAACAAGAGAUAAACUUGAUCAACCCAGGAGCGGUCGAUCUGAAAGUUUACGAAGACAAGGUGAACGGCGCCCUCAACCUAUAUAGACGCAGACUUGACACCAUCGUCUGGAAUGCUCUUUCAGAAGAAGAGAGGGAUCACCUGGAGCCUGAUUCCUUCCUGGACAAUCGACACGACUACAUGGACGCCCUGGAACGUCUCGGUUGGCCCAUCCCGGAAAAAGACAUCAUCCUCCUGGAAGAGGAGAUCGAGAAGGGCGAACGGUACUUGAGAAAGAGUGAGUCCCUUCGGAAGCACAUCAGAGAACAGAAGCUGGGUCCAAGCACAGGAAGCCACAGGUCAAAGGUCAAAGACUCGACGGCAACCCUGGAAACCAUGCGGAGUAGCUCACGGGUUGGUGGGUUUGAUGAGAUUGAUAGAGACAGUGAUGAAGAAGAUGAUGAUGAGGAUAAGGACUCUGAUCUGGAUUUGGUUGACGAGACGGGCAAGUCGGAAAGGACACCUCGUAGCUAUAGCAACCGGAGUGCAUCCGACAAGGAUUCUUUUGGGUCCUCUUCAUCAGCGGAGGAGGAAGAUGAGUACUUGUCUUCGGAGAAAGAUAGUCAUGAAGAGGCCGGUUUGAGGCGGAGAAGCGGUGGGUCAAAGACCUCUCCUCAGAGCCAGAGUCAUGUGCAAAAGUCCAAGAAGGCUGUAGCGAAGGGGAAGGGCGUGAAGACGAUGAAUCCGUUCAGCCAGGGUGCUCGGAUUGUUGGGAGGAGCAGGCAGGAUGGACUUUAUUACCCAGGUGUGGUGGUGCAGGUCCCCAACGUGAAUCAGAUCGAUGUGUUUUUCCCAGUGAUCGGUGAUAAAGUCAGGAUUUCGUCUUCUUCCGCAAUACAGCUCAAAGGAGCUCAGGCUCAACCAAAACUCAUUACGGGAGAUUGUGUAUUGAUGAGGCUUGACAGUGCAGACGUUGAGGUCUGGGUACCAGGUAUGAUCAUGGUUGGACCACAAGAUGAGACAAGGCAGUCCAAGUUCUAUACCAUUGUCACGUACAAUGCUGAGAAGAUGAGUGUCUUGAGGAAUGCGUUGCUGAAGAUCUCCAAGCAAGAAUACAACUCGAUGGUUCGCUUUAUCAUGGAUGUACAAGGACCAUACAUGUCAAAGGAUGACAGAGACAGCAUUGUCACCAUCGAUAAGCUCAAACGCCUGGCCGCCAGAAAGAACAAAUUAAAGAUGGAGGAAAAAGAAAGAGAAGAGGCGGAGCAUGAUGAAAAGAGCAGCGAAGAGGAGGUGGAAGAAAAAACAAAGGAAGAUUCUGGUGAAGAAAAAGAAAUAGAAGACGAGAAAUCCGAGGGUAGUCAUUCUGAGUCUGAUUCCAGCCGAUCGUCACAUCACAGUGAUCAUAGUUACAGAUCUGUAGAAGAUGAUGAUCGUGAUCAUGACUCGGAGAGUGACAAAGAGAUUGCUAAAGAUGAGCCAAGUGUAAUCUCGUCAGAGAUCAAGGAGAGAUUGGUGGACUUACAGGAGCAGCUAACGUCGCAGCAUGAAGAAUAUAUCGGCAAUCAAAAGGCAAUGCAGGAGGAUCUUCAAGACCAGAAGAGACAGACAGAAGAGUUCCAGAAGGUGGUCCAGAGACACGAGGCCCUGCUGGAUGAACACACCGGCCUGAAGGAGAAGUACGACCACAUCCAAGGCCGCUACCAGAGGCUUAGGAAGAGGGCGGAAGCAUUGCUCAACAAACACAAUGUCCUAGAAGGUCAACAUACCCAGCUAGAAUCGACACAUAAAGACCUCACUGACAGGCUCAGCAGCAUACAGCAGGCUCAUGGAUCCAAGGAGACGGAGAAUCAGACACUGGCAAACAGAUACCAGGAGCUCCUGGAGAGGUUAGAUCAGAUGGAGCUGGAGAGGCAGGAGACCAAGGAGCAGCUGUCUGGAGUGCAGACUCAGAAGGAGGCCCUGGAGCAGGAGAUUGCAGACAUGAAGAGACGAUCUGAGACGAUGGGAGACAGCGGGAUACAGAGUAAAGAGCUCAGCACCAAGCCUGUCAUUGAGUACAGUGAUAGAGAAGAAGCGAGCGUCGAUGAUCCUGUUGAAAUCCUGUCCGAGAACAAUAGCAUCAAAGAUGAUAAUGGUCGGUUGGAGGAUGGCAGUGACAGUGCUGAAGAUGCGGUUGAUACCGGUAGAGGGCCAGAUGAUGAUGAUGAUGGUGAUGGUGAGAAGGAGGAAGAGGAGAAGGAGGAGGAUCACCAUGAUAAUCAGGAGGUCAAGGAGGAAAAGGGAGAAGAUGACGUCAUCGCCUAUUCACCAAAUACUGGAUGGUUCAUUCAAGGUACCAUUGAAUCCCAGGCUGAUGAUGGGGAAUACUACAUUGUCGAUGACAACAGUACUGUCUUGAAGGUUCCUGAGAAAUUCCUCUUACGGGAGAAACAUGUUGCGAACCAACCUUUGCAGAUCAGUGACACAGUCAUUGGGCGACACCCUGACUGCCCUCUAAGCUUCGCCCCUGCCACCGUACAGAGGGUGCUACCAGACCUCUGGUACCAGGUCCGGUUCUACAACGGGGUGCUGGCCGAGGUACCAUCGGAGCACCUGUAUCCCCUGGACCCCGCCCUUCACAAACGGGUGGUGGAGGAUGUAUUAAAGAAAGAGGACGGAUGGGUGGGGCACCCCGUGGUCGCCAGGAAGGAACAGGACGGUCGAUAUUACCUGGGUGUGAUUAAAUCAAGGAUCCAGCGGAGCCCAAUGUUUGAGGUAGAAUGGGCUGACGAGUCCGUCUCUCUCCAGAACAGCCGUCAUAUCUUUGGCUCCUUCACCCGACGCCAGAAGAUGGCGCUAGGCGACUACGUCCUGGCCAUGAUCAGCGAAGCCCUCAUGAGCUACCUCCCGGGAAAGGUCACAGGGGUUAAAGGAAACAAACUCACGGUAGAGUUCUGUGAUGGCUCAAGCUUCAACACCAUCGACCCCGUCCAGUGCUACUGGCUUCCAGAGUCUUAUUACCAGGAGGCAGAGGAUUUCUACCUUUCAAAACAAGACAUCACCAGAGAUACAAAUAACGGCAUGUACCCAUCUUCAUCGGAAUCAGACUCCAGCAGCGACAUAGGAGGGAAAGACAAGAAGAAGAGGAAGGACCGAAUAGGAGAGUCGGAUGUGUCCUCUUCAUCGAGUAGUUUCCAAUCAAGAGCUUUUGGAUUCUUUGAGGAUUAGCUGUCAUGAGGGGCUAAAACUUUGCCAUGUUUCGUAAUUAAUUAAUCAAUUUUUCUUAGUUGGAUCAUCUUACUUGAGUCAGUGACAGGUUCCUAAAGCACAAUAGCUUCUUCUAUCAAAAAUUUUCUAAACUCAGAUUUGUAAGGGAUAUUGAAGAAAGCACAUGAUGGAGUGCUUCUUAGUGGUGCUUUUCCAGGGGUCCUUUUCUUAAAGUCUUGUUACAGUAAGAAAUGCACAGUUUCUAUAAGGGGUUUGCUAUCAGGCAAUCAUAUGGAAUGAUAUCAGUAGCCUUAAACUGUUAUCACAAGUGUUUUAUUGAAACAAGUUUUAUGAAACGGGGCCCCUGAUAGUACGGCUCCAUACUGAACUGUCUUAUGCUCACUGUUAAGUACAUUGAGGACUUCAUCCUUCUUGUAUAGGGACUAUCUUGGUAUGGUCUAUUUUACAACAGAGAUGCUUAGAGAUGCUUUGCUUUCCAUGAGAAGACAAUAUGUUUAAUGAAGAUAGCUUUUCUUGACAGACAUGAUUCAUGGAGGGGGGGGGGUGAGGGGAAGUGCCACUCAAUAGAGUUAACCUUUCAAUAGCAGUUUUGAGUUAUCUGUGCCGUGGAAGUAAGAAGCAAAUUGGGUAUCACUGUAAGACUAGGUAUACUUGAUACGGGGAGUGCAGGAGGAACUUAAAACUGGGAUUUCCCCCUGAACUUCAGUGAAAACAACCAGCUCUUGUAAUCAUCACCCCCAGGGAUGCCAUUAAUGAGAAUUGGUAGUUAAUUCAGCCUGCCAUACUUAAAUGUAGUUUUAUAAAUCACUUUUUUUGUGAAAACAUUCCACCAUAUAUUUCUUUCUACAUCUUUCCUUUCUUUAAAAAAAAAGUUUGGGAGGGGUUGUCGUCCAAGAUUGAAAAUGCUGUAUGCUAUUGUGAUGCAUUAUGGGUAAAUAAUCAAGACCAGAUUUGAAUCCAAGCAUAUGCUAUACAAGGAGGUCACGGUAUUGUCUCCUUUGUGAUGAUUUAAAUAUGAAAAGCCAAAAAGAAUCAUAUAGGAAAAUGAUUUGUAUAUAAUUAUGUAUUCAAGUAUGUCUGCUGUUUUGAUGUUGCUGUUAGCUUUCUCAGAAUUAUCCAUACACAUUACUUAAUGUACAAAAUAAAAAUAUUUUUAUUGUUCUGCGUGUUACAAUUGAAAACAAUUUUGUAUCCAAACAUAGAAUUUUUUAAGUCAGUGAUAUUAAGAAAAUCAAUGUAUAUUUAAAUGCCAUAAUGCUUUCACUUAAAAUAUUGAAUGAAAUCGAAUAAAAGUUUGCUCUUCCUUUUUUUGCCUUCGAUAUUAUCUUAGCUUGUGUAUGUCUUGUGUGUGAUCUUAUUCCUAAAGGUUUACUUUUUCUUGUACAUUUCAUAACAUAUAUUUAUAUAUAGUAUUUUCAUUACUAGGUGUAAGAUAUGUAAAAAACAUUGAGGUUCAGGAUUGGAGGGAGAGAGCGAAAGAAAAGAAUAAAACUUUCUACUAUCUGUCUUUCAUUGCAAAAAUAAGGAAGUGUUUACAUUAUUUUGUGUACCAGAAUUUAGCAUUCAAGGUGUAUUAAUGCCAGCGGCUUUUUGAGUAAGAGGAUAUAUUCCGUCCAGAUGAUUACCUAUGGAAUAUUUUUUGUUCCUGAGGUAGUGUGCAAUUUAAUUGUUUAAUGUCACUGAGACAUGAUGUCUUUGAUAAUCGGAUAUUCUAUGUGGUUUUGAGAAGAAAAAAAAAACAAUGUAGCGCAUUUAUGCAUUUAUAUUACAAGCUGGUACUUCUCUCUCGGUUCAGGGGUGUGUUCCACAAAGUUUGCUGUCAGUAAACAAUACAAAUUAUUUGCUCUCAGCGAAUCAGAAGCAAGUAUUUCAGUAGCUUAUAACAGAUAUCAGCCAUACUUUCCUUUUUACAUUCCAUGCAGACAAUGUACCUGAUAAUUAGAAUCAAGCAUUGGAGCAAGUUUGCUUGAAAAUUUGCUAAAGAAAUAGAACAAUUCUGAAUUUUAUAAUUGCAUAACUUCGUGACAGUUGUGAUUAACAAUCGAAGACUGUGUAAAUUUUGAUAACAAGUUGAUAUCUUAUUUUUCUCAUGAAUUGCUAACUAGGUGACCAAAAAUUCUGGUUAUACGGUACAGCACAUGGCUCAAUCCUAAUUCAUUGUUUAUUAUCGUUUUCCUCCUUUUCAUUCAAAUAAAAUUGAUAUCAGGUUUGAGUUCUGCAAAAAGGAAUUGCAUAUGUAAAAUCAUUGCUUUAAGAUUACACUAUAAAAAUGGAAAUUGAUUAAAAGUGUGUGUGGUAAAGUAGCAAAUUUCAAAAUAUCUUCAAACUUUAUUAACUCAUUUCUUGUACUCUGAAUCAGUGUGAUGAAAGUGAUUAAAAAUGAACCUUUUUUUCAUAGCUUUGUACAUACCUUUACGAAAUCAUGCCAACAAAAGGUUAUUUUUUCAUUCCUUAGUAGCCUACACGUUUCUUUUGUGUUUUCUUUUUUUUACAGAAAAUCCUCAAAAGGAACAGUAUGCUGACUGUAUUUCUGGCAUUAAGUCUUUUAUUCGGUAUUCAUUUAUGCAAUAAAAGCUCACUAUGAACAUAGAUUUGAUAUUGUUUCUGUAUGAAUAAAUUAAUAA